GCUUUCCAGAUCUCCAGCUGGCGGCGUGGAUGUGACCACAGGGUUGAACGACGUGAUAUCACGGAUUCCGGUGCACUAUGCUCCUCAACACCACGUAAUUUCUCCCAGAGUGAAACGUUCCUCUCUUCCAGCCGUACGGCAAAGUGCGAUAGGUUCUCGAAAAUGGACAUUACACCAGCAUUCAACGACCUCCUGCGGAAGCGCAAUGCGCCCAUCGUCACCGAGAAGAAGCUCAGUCUCGAAGCCAUUGACGGCUUCCUCAAGGAGGCUUACAGAAUAAACUCCCACAUCACAAACCUCCACAACGAACUCAAAGAUGUCCGACAAGCCUACCUCUCAACAGCGCAACCGCGCAAAACACACAUCCACGCCGCCGCCGCCGCCCAACAACGGCACCUAACAGACCGCGACCGCGAAGAAGUCGACGCAAACGCAAAGCAAAUGCUCCGCGAGCUCAACGCGAGCAUCACAGCCCUCAACGAAGCAGAGCUCCUCCGCCGCGAAACCGAAACGGCUGUCAUCCGCAAAAAGUACGCCAGCAGGCUCGGUGCCCUCGGCGCCUGGGCCGCCGCCAGCGACAAUGACAGCAGCAGCAGCAAGGGCAAGACGGCGGAGCACGCCGCGGCCGAGGCGCGCGCCAGGACGAUUGAGCAGCACCGCGACGAGGUGAUUCAAAGUCUGCGGUUAGGACUGCAGCGGUGCGGGCGGACGCAGCAGGAUAUGAUGGAGGUGAGGCUUACGAGGGAGAUGGAGAAGAAUAGGAGUGUUUUGGCGAAGGCGGGCGGUGGGGGCGCGAUGCCUGAGUUGGGCGGGUUUUAUGAGUCCAUGGCGAAGAGUGCUGCUGCCAACAAGGGGGCGACGGGCAAGGCUGGUUUGCCGCCAGGGGAGGAGGGUGCGUCGUCGUCGUAUGACCCGCGAGAGGGCCUUACGGAUGAGCAGAUCCAGAUGUUUGAGAAGGGAAACCAGGAUAUGCUUCAGCAUUACAACAGCACGCUGGACAAAGUCAGGACGGCGGAGAAGUCGCUACUCGAGAUCGCAGAGCUGCAGACGUUACUGGUGGGCAACUUGGCGACGCAGUCUGCGCAUAUCGAGCAGCUCGUGGCGGACUCGGAAAACAUCACGGCGGACGUGGGCGGUGGUAACAAGCAGUUGAAGAAGGCGACGCAGCGACCGAGCGCGGCGAGGUAUACCUUUUUCGCGUCGGCGGGGUUGUGCACGUUUUUGAUUCUUUGGGACUUGAUUAUCUAGUUGUGAGGCUGGAAUCCUUGGGCUGAAUAGAAGCUUGGCCGGGAGUUUGCCCAGUUUGGCGAUUAAAUACCAUCAAAACCAUUGUCUUGGCUGUACUACGCACCACAUAUUGCGGUCUGCCAAAUUACACCUUUGAUUUUCAGUCUUGUAGAUUUGUGCACUU